AAAAAAUGUUUAAUAUCGCCAUGUGACAAAUAAGAAACGUUAACUAACCUUAUCGCCAAGAUGCCAAUAAAUAUCGAACCAUAGGCCACCCCUAAUUAUUGCAAUUCACUCGCCUUCUCAUCCAUCUUCCCACUCAAGUGAUAUCUGACGGAUCUUAACGGCCAAGAUGUCUUGGGACGAUGGAAAGCACACCAAGGUGAAGAACGUUCAGCUUACUUUUGAUGACGUCAUCAGAUCCAUCGAGGUGGAAUACGUGGGAACUAACCUUAAGUCCCAGCGUCGUGGCACUGUCGGCACCAGAUCAGACGGAUUCACACUGAGCACGGACGAGUACAUAACAAAUGUGUCUGGUUACUACAAAACCACUUUUUCGGGAGACCUUAUAACGGCGUUAACGUUUAAGACGAACAAGAAGACGUAUGGGCCUUACGGAAACAAAACUCAGAACUACUUUUCUGCUGACGCACCAAGUGGUAGCCAAAUCGCUGGGUUUCUUGGAACCAGCGGCAAUGCUCUCAGCUCCCUCGACGUUCACUUUGCUCCCAUCAAACCACAACCUGGAGGCCCUGGAACCGGCGGUGGCGGCAAUGGGUCAAAUCCUGUUGAUCCCCCUGGAGCCGGCGGCGGCGGUACUGGAGCCGGCGGCGGUCCUGGAACAGGCGGCGGCGGUACUGGAACAGGCGGCGGCAGCGGUACUGGAGCUGGCGGCGGCGGUCCUGGAACAGGCGGCAGCGGUACUGAAACAGGCACCGGCAGCAGCGGUACUGGAACAGGCGCCGGCGGCAGUGGUACUGGAACAGGCUCCGGCCAAGACAGCUCAGAACCUGAUGGAUCAGGAAAGAUAGGGCCGCUUGGUGGUGAUAAGGGAAAUGUAUUCGACGAUGUUGGUUUCGAAGGUGUGAAGAAAAUAACCGUCGGAGCAGAUCAAUAUAGUGUAACGUACAUCAAGAUCGAAUACAUAAAAGAUGGAAAAGUCGUCGUCCGUGAGCAUGGUACAGUUCGUGGGGAACUAAAAGAGUUUUCUGUGGACUACCCGAACGACAAUAUCACAGCCGUUGGUGGAACCUUCAAACAUGUUUACACCUAUGAUACAACACUCAUCACAUCGCUUUACUUCACAACCUCCAAAGGUUUUACCUCCCCAUUAUUUGGCAUCGAGAGUGAAAAGAAGGGAACAGAAUUCGAGUUCAAAGGUAAAAAUGGAGGAAAGCUUCUAGGAUUCCAUGGACGUGGCGGCAAUGCUAUUGAUGCUAUUGGAGCUUACUUCGACACCGGUUCACGAGGAGGCAGUCCACAAACUGAUGUCCCUGGGAAGAAAGGACCUCUUGGUGGUGAAAAAGGAGAAGAAUUCAACGAUGUUGGUUUCCAAGGUGUGAAGAAAAUUACCGUUGGAGCCGAUGAAUACAGUGUAACUUACAUCAAGAUCGAAUACGUGAAGGAUGGAAAAGUCGAAACCCGUGAGCACGGGACAAGUCGUGGGGAACUAAAAGAGUUUUCAGUAAACUAUCCUAACGAUAGUAUUACGGCCGUUAGUGGAACCUACAAACAUAUUUUCACCUAUGAUACGACUCUCAUCACAUCGCUUUACUUCACAACCUCCAAAGGAUUUACCUCUCCGUUAUUCGGCAUCGACAGUGAGAAGAAGGGAACAGAAUUCGAGUUCAAAGGUGAAAAUGGUGGAAAACUUAUUGGGUUCCAUGGACGUGGUGGUAAUGCCAUUGAUGCCAUUGGAGCUUACUUUGACACCGGUUCACGAGAUGGUGAUGCAGGCAAGCCUAGUACCAACGAUCCGAAACCUAAACCUGUUGAUGUCCCUGGGAAGAAGGGACCGCUUGGUGGUGACAAGGGAAAUGUAUUCGACGAUGUUGGUUUCGAAGGUGUGAAGAAAGUGACCGUGGGAGCAGAUGACUAUAGCAUAACUUAUAUCAAGAUCGAAUACUUAAAGGACGGUAAAGUUGAGAUCCUUGAGCACGGGACAGCUCGCGGGAAGCUAGAAGAGUUUUCGGUUGACUAUCCAAACGAUAGUAUCACGGAAGUUGGUGGAAGCUACAAACAUGUUUACAACUAUGAUACGACGCUCAUCACAUCGCUUUACUUCACAACCUCCAAAGGUUACACCUCUCCGUUCUUCGGUAAGAAGUAUGAUACGGCAACAGAGUUCGAGUUCAAAGGUGAAAAUGGAGGCAAGCUUAUUGGAUUCCAUGGACGUGGUGGGAAUGCUAUUGAUGCCAUCGGAGCUUACUUCGACACUGGCUCUAAACCUGGUGGCCCUGACGGCAGUGGAAGUGGAUCCAGCAAUGGUUCUAGUCCUCAAAAACUUGACGCACAAGGAGGAAAGGGCGGCAACCAAUGGGACGACAGUGGUGAUCACGAUGGUGUGACUAAGAUAGUUGUUGCAUCUAGUCGAGUGAUUGAGCAAAUCAGGUUCGAUUAUGUCAAGAAGGGACAGACAAAGGAAGGACCGGCCCAUGGUGUGAAAGGAGCUAGAUCUUCCAUCAAAACUUUUGAGAUAAGUCAUCCCGACGAGUAUCUCCUGUCCGUGAAAGGUUGGUCCAAUUCAUCCAACAAGAUUGUCGGAAUUGAGUUCAUAACCAACACAAGGACUUCAGAAUAUUAUGGGUUUGAAAAACUUCCCGGAGAAGAAGGUACAGAUAUUUUACUCGAAGUGAAAGACAAGAAGAUUGUCGGCUUUCAUGGGUUCGCAGACACUCAUCUCAACUCUCUCGGAGCUUACUUCGCUCCUAUCGCCUCAACUCCGUUGAAACCAAGCAAGAAGCUAACAGCAGUAGGUGGUGAUGAAGGAGCUUCAUGGGAUGAUGGUGCUUUCGACGGCGUUAAGAAAAUACAAGUAGGACAGAACAAUGAUGGUGUAUCUUUCGUGGCGGUCGAGUACGAGAAUGGCUCUCAGAAAGUUGUUGGCGAUGGUCAUGGGAAACAAUCGGCGCUUGGAGUUGAAACGUUUGAGCUUACGGAUGGUGAGUACAUUACGUCUGUGGGUGUCUACUAUGAUAAAAUCCAUGCAGAGGGACGCGGUGUGACAGUGGUGACGUCUUUGGUAUUCAAGACUAACAAGCUAGUAUCACAACCAUUUGGAAUGACCGGUGGAGAAUAUGUUGAGCUUAAGGAAGAAGGUAACAAGAUCGUUGGGUUCCAUGGGAAAGCUAGCGAUUGGGUUCAUCAAAUUGGAGUCUAUGUUGCACCAGUCACCAAAUGAAAAGCUUGUUGUGGGUUGGUUCUUUGAUUUCCAAAUAUGAAUAAAGUUAUGUCAGAGGCCUACUGGUGGAUUGAGGCCUCUUGAUGGCUAUGUUUUUCUGUUUGUGCUUGAGUGUGAUGUUUGUGGAGUGUGAUGUUUGUGUUGUCGCUUGUGGAAUUUAAUAAAAGGGGUUUUGCGUUUA